GUUGAACUUCAAGACGUGAUUUUCCGCAAUGCCACGGCCACAGAACGCCACAGAUCGUCGGUCUCAAAAUUCAUGGACUUUCGACGGCCUAUCAAAUCUUCAUGAGACUGCUUAGAGACCUAGGCGGGAAACUUGAGUGAAAUUGUCACUUUUGAAGACCCUCUGCAUGGCUGUUCAUCUGCUGCAGAUGUCUUGGACAGUUGGUUAUUCCAUGUGGCAAGGUUCCCAGGUCGGCGGCCUCUUCUGUGCCCGCUGACGUUUUCACCUGCUUUUCCAAUGUCAACCCCAGGUCAGAUGAUUCUCGGUCGCAGCGGGAAGGCAACUGUCAUGCCCAGGAAUCACUCGUGGUAAACCUCCCUCUCGGUCAAGAAUGAAGUUCUCGUCUACGAUCUUGGGUCUCGUCUCGGCUGCGCUCUGCGUUCAGGCGGCGCCUUCGCCCGCUGGGAACCAGCUCGAGAGUCGGAAUCUUCUUGGUGAGAUUAUUGACGCGCUGGGUUUGGGAUUCGUCCAGAGUAUCAAUGCGACGAUUACGCUCGACACUCUGACCGAUAAUCUGCUCAACAUCACAUUCGAGGCAAAGAAUUCGCUUCCAUUUGAGCUCACUCUGGAAUCGGUCAAGAGCUCGGCUGGGAUCAACGGCACGGAGUACGCGUCAUUCGCCUACACUUUCCCUAAGCCUGUCGUCAUCCCUCCAUUCGGCUCAGCCAGCUCUGGAGAGAUUCCGAAUGUGUUGUUGACGCAAGGAGCCACCGCUGCACUGAACAUCAUUCCCUUGGGCUUCUUGGACUUGCUGGAUGUGGACAUCACACUCAAGGCUUUGACCAUCGAUGGUCACUUGGGAAUUCCUCUCAACAUCACGGGGCUGAAGCAAAACAACAUCACGACGAGCUACACUCUUUCAUUGGUCUAGCCACAUCACGGCUUCGCGAAGUACUGAUGGUCGCACUUGAAUUGUGCGCACGUUCACGUUUUGUAUACCAAAUGUAUCCCGACGAAUAUUGUCACGCGGUUUUACCCGACCACAUGUGAGGGCGAGUCACUCGCCAGCUGCAAAGGUGACCGAUCUGCGAGUACUCAUUUUCCCGAAACCAUAAGGAUCCCGUUUAGUUCGAAUUUGGACCACUCGGGAAGCAACUCGAACCGAGGAAUGCACGGAUAUCCGUCUCGUAGGCCUCACUGAGAUUGCCACCAAAUUUUGGGCUUGAAGAAAUUCACUUCUGCCAAGCACUCUCAGAACCGAUUUCGGUUUAUACUUAUGGGUGGUCAUUCUGGGUUCUUGACUCGUGAUACUGUGCCGCUUCCAAUCAUUGAAAGGACCAAUGCAUCAAUGAUCGUGUUAAUGAUACUAUAGGUGACUGUGAUCUUGGCCACCUAAGGCAUCUGAGCA